ACGGACGGGUCACUACCUUCGACGCCCCCAGAACUGGAGGAAGAGGAUGAGUUGUACCGGCAAUCGCUAGAGAUUAUCUCUCGGUACCUUCGGGAACAGGCAACGGGCGCCAAGGACGCGAAGCCUAUGGGCGCGUCGGGGGCCGCCAGCAGGAAGGCGCUAGAGACCCUCCGGCGGGUCGGGGACGGUGUGCAGCGCAACCACGAGACGGCUUUCCAAGGCAUGCUUCGGAAACUGGACAUCAAAAACGAAGAUGAUGUCAAAUCUUUGUCUCGAGUCAUGGUCCAUGUUUUCAGUGACGGAAUAACAAACUGGGGCAGAAUUGUGACUCUCAUUUCUUUUGGUGCCUUUGUGGCCAAACACUUGAAGAGCAUAAACCAAGAAAGCUGCAUAGAACCAUUAGCCGAAAGUAUCACAGAUGUUCUUGUAAGGACAAAACGGGACUGGUUAGUCAAACAAAGAGGCUGGGAUGGGUUUGUGGAGUUCUUCCGUGUAGAGGACCUAGAAGGCGGCAUCAGAAAUGUGCUGCUGGCUUUUGCAGGUGUUGCUGGAGUAGGAGCUGGUUUGGCAUAUCUAAUUAGAUAG